AUGUCAGCUUUACGGAUUCUCGUCCCCGUCAAGCGGGUCAUUGACUACGCGGUCAAGCCGCGCGUCAACAAGGCGCAGACGGGUGUCGAGACGGCCGGCGUCAAGCACAGCAUGAACCCGUUCGACGAGCUCUCGGUCGAGGAGUCGGUGCGGAUCCGCGAGAAGAAGUCGGCCCCCGUCGAGGACAUCUGCGUCAUCAGCGCCGGCCCGCCCAAGGCGCAGGACGUCCUGCGCACGGCCAUGGCCAUGGGCGCGGACCGCGGCGUGCACGUCGAGGUCAAGGACGGCGAGGAGCUGGAGCCGCUGGCCGUGGCCAAGAUGCUGCGCGCCGCCGUCGACAAGGAGAAGAGCAACCUGGUCAUCCUCGGCAAGCAGAGCAUCGACGACGACGCCGCCCAGACCGGCCAGACGCUCGCCGGCCUGCUGGGCUGGGCCCAGGCCACCCAGGCCAGCGCCGUCAAGUUCGAGGGCGACACCGUGCUGGUCACCAAGGAGGUCGACGGCGGCGCCGAGACGGUCAAGGCCAAGCUGCCCAUGGUCAUCACGACGGACCUGCGCCUCAACGAGCCCCGCUACGCCAGCCUGCCCAACAUCAUGAAGGCCAAGAAGAAGCCCCUGGUCAAGAUGAGCCUCAGCGACCUGGGCGUGGCCAACGAGAGGAGGUUGAAGGUGGUCAAGGUCACAGAGCCUGCGCCAAGACAAGGAGGUGGCAAGGUCGAGGACGUCGAUGGGCUAAUUUCCAAGCUGAAGGAGCUUGGUGCUAUAUGA